CGGGUCAGCUUGGUGCGCUUCCGGUCUGGCAGUGGAUGUCAUGCUGUGAUCGAUAUCGGUCACAUACUAAUAUCAUCUGUAGAUAUUUCAUCACUGUCACACGUGGCACAACUGAAUUCGUAUUCAGUAUUUCGUUUAUAACAAGUGAGUUGAUUUAUCUGUCGCUGAAAUCGGUUUGGAAAAGAAUGAAAUGGACAAGUGUGACCAGAGAUUGGAACGGCAGUAUAUGAACUUGAAGUGGUGAUUCUUAGAAAAGGUCGGGAAAAGGUGUAGAACCCCUCAGCUCAUAAUUUCAUUCCUAUGCCUAUCGACUCCCAUGUUGUGGAUCCUGCUGGAUUCCAUCCCGCUCCAACCUGGUCCAUAGGCCUUUCUUUAUGUUCUACUGUAUUCUUCGCAACAGUAUGUUCAAUGGCACGCCGGUACACGCCAGAUCUCUGGUCAGCGACAGUCGUGAUGUCACUGACGCAUGCACUGGGCUGCAUAUUCUGGGGCGGUUCGAUCCUGAUGCGUGAUGAGCCCACAGUCAGUGGGCCUUCCUCCCCAGAGGAAGCAACUCUGCUAGCCGUCUCUCUUGGUUACUUCGUGGUUGACAUCAUUCUCUGUGUCUCUGUCUCUAAGGACUGGGAGUCUACCCUACAUCACGCUUUCUGCGUCGUUGGAGAGAUUGGAGUCUUAUACACUGGUCUGUCCGGUUACAUCAUCAUCGCCUUCUUGUUCAUCGCCGAGCUUUCGUCGCCAUUCCUUUACUCUUUCGAGACUGGGUUCGUUCCCGCUGGGGGCAUAGGCGCGCUAGUCUCUCAGGCGUUGUUCGCGGUCUUGUUCAUUGGUGGGCGUCUUGGUGCCGGAACUCUUAUGUCUUAUCAUCUGCUGUUAAAUGGAGAGGUCCCGUUUCUAGCCAAAACUUCAUGUGUCGGGCUGAUGUCCAUUUCAGUAUUCUGGGCAAUACGCAUCAUGAGGAUUGCAUUCGACACACUCACUGAGCUGGUGUCGACUCAGAAGGCGACUGGGGAAGGAGCCGAGGCUUCCGACUCGAUCGUUGCUGGAUCUACCGGCUGCUGAAUGGAGUGACCAUCGCACAUUGUUCUUUUCUUAUAAUAUUACUUGUUCGCUGGGCAAGAGGCUCGCCAAUUUCGCCGGAUCUACCGGUUGCUGAAUUGUUGAGCGUCGUCACACAGUGUUUGUUUCUUAUAAUAUUAAAUGCUCGCUGGAGAGAAGGUUUGCCAGUUCUUAUGAUGGACACACUAAAUCUUAUUUUAGACUAGUCG